UUAAUCUGUCUGUUGUCUUGGUCCCAAGAAGGUGACCAUUUUCUACUGUGGACGUUUCUUUGGUUUUCGGUUUUCCCCAGGGGACAGCUGUGCUUUUGGAUAAGUUAUAGGCUACCCGAGAGUGGCGAUUUGGUCAUCACUGGGCUGCUACAGGAGGAAUGGGAAGCCAACAGCCAGGCUCUCUGGGACACACAGAUUCCAGAGCGGGGUCCAUCAGCGCUGGGAUCUCUCCUGACCCUCCCUCUCAUUGCAGCACCAUGAAGCUUCUCACAGGCCUCCUGGUCUGCUCUCUGGUCCUCGGAGUCAGCAGUGACGGCUGGCUUACCUUCAUCCCCGAGGCUGCUCAAGGAACUUGGGACAUGUUGAGAGCUUACAGGGACAUGAGAGAAGCCAAUUACAUUGGUGCAGACAAAUACUUCCACGCUCGAGGGAACUAUGAUGCCACACAAAGAGGGCCUGGUGGGGCCUGGGCUGCAAAAGUGAUCAGGUAACACAGAUUCCAGG